AUGUCGAAACGAAAUCACAUCUCGGAUAACCAGAGGGAGAUUUUAGACGAUUUUUACGGGAAAGGCAUGGUUGGAACCGGAGCCAUGUACAGAGAAAUGGUUGAAAAAGCCGCUGCAGACACUGGAUUGACCAAGGCUCAAGUUGAAGUAAGUUAACUCCGCUAAUAAUAUGAUUAAUUGAGUUUUAUAAAGAAUGUUCUUUCAUGCCUGUUCGUCUCAUUUUAUUUGUCGAAGGGGUAUCUCCCUUUCUUAGAAAUAAGCGGAUCGCUACUCUCGCUGGCACUCUCGCCAGCGAUCGGCAGUUGAGACGCCAUUUUUAGGGUUGUUUUCUCGUCUAAACAACUCAGUCGUAUAAAGCUAUGAUUCGUUGUUUUUCUCCAUUUUGCCCUUUCAUGUACCUCUGACCUUAGUUUAAAGGAUUCCUUGCUUGGAAAUAUUGCUUAAAAUGUCUAGUGGUACUCAAAUGAUGAGUACUUAAAAAUAACUUAAUUGCUUAUUUUUUGAAAAAUAUAUAUCUGUGUGAUUUUGCUAAAACUGAGGUGCCCGCUAAGUUUUCGCUUGUACCGUGCAUCGCGCGUGUUCAAGCCAGUGUAGCCGGAAAAAACCAGGGGGCUUGCUGUCUUGCUGGGUGUCAGCAGAGAGCCCAGGACCAGCCUAUCCGUAGGUGGGUGGCUUCCUUGUUUUGUGUGAAAACCCGGGAGGUAGGGAGGGGAGAUUUUGCCACUUUGACUAGACUUUCAUGUCAGAAAGCAGCGCAAAGUCAGAGAAUUUUUCCUGUGGGCUAGCCCAGCCAAAUCAAUGCUGUGACUCAUAAUCAUAACACUCUUGGCAGAUCUUGGGGGAAGUGUUUGACUAGUCAUAAGCUUCAUGGGUAAGGAGGCUGAGUAGUUGCUCCUUGGACUUGGCCAUCUAGAGACUCAGUACAGGCAUCUUGUAUGAAAUCCACACAGAUAUAUAUAUAUACUAGAAAUACAUGUAUCGCAGAACCUUGCGAAUCUCGGGGGGAGCCCAUAAGGGGUGGGAGGACAGGAGAGAAAUGAAGUAAAUAAUGUAACUGGGGAGGGCGGGUCUAAUAUUGGAAGCUGAGAUGUACUUAAUCUCCUGUUGAUUAAAUUUGAACCUAGUGCUCUGGCUUUAAAAAGGAUCUUCUGAGAUUUAAGUAGUGAAUGCUGCAUAGUUCCCAUCCCAUGUUCACCCCAUUUGACCCUCCUACAUGUGUAAUAAUGAUCAAAAGGAAAUGGGGGUGAUAGUGGAAAACUGGCGCCUAAUAUGCAGUUGCAUUUGCUUAAUAAAAGCUCACCCUUAAGUGUAAUAAUUAUUUGUGAAAUGCGUCAGUAGUAGCGAGUGGAUGGCAAUGCUAGGAGAUAAUGCUGCAGUGAAAAAAACAACUAAAUGCUGGUAAUUGGAGAAAAAUUUAUUGUUAUGUGACAAGGUCACUGAAGUUCACUUUAAGCUUAUUUUAUUUCCAAAUUAUUUUCAACUAUACUCAUUAUCCUAAUGAUUAUUAAUUGGUUGUUUACCUAAAUAUCUUUAUUUCCUUACACACCUUAUUGUGUUUACCACGUGUAGUUGUAUUAUUCCCACACAUUUCUUAUACCUAAAUCCUGUUGUGUAGGAGUAGUAAACACCUAGUUCCCUUAGGUAAAUCCUGUAUUAGUGGGCAGUAAAUUCACUCCCUAGCCUUAUUUGGUUUUUAGUUAAUUUCGAUUUUCCUCCAAAUUUAUUAUAAAUUGGCAACCAUUUGCUCAGUAAAUUCAGUUGGUUCAGUUGGUUUACCUAAGUAGAGCAAGUCCUCAAGGCAAGUACAUUUUCAAGCCUCCCACGGAUGUUUAGUUAUCAAUAACAUUUGGUAUGUUACAUUAUUUUCCUAUUUGUUAUUAUUUUAGUCCUUUUAGCUUAGUUUAUUAGCUUUCUAUUUCCCUAGUUUGUAGCAAUAUUAUUUUAUAAUUUAGCCGCAUUUUCAAUAGCUUUCUGUUUAGAAUGUUUACCUCAUUUGACCUUUAGUCUGGCACAGCAUGUAAUUUGCCUAUUAAACAUUCUGCUAUUGUUCUCACCAAUAGUUACUGUAUCAUCGCUUACCUUUGGUUUCCAAUCAUUUUCUGUAAUUGUUCCCUUGUGUUCAAUCCAUUUUUGUUCCAAAUUAUCCUUUUGUCAUUGCUUUUCGUGGUUUAGUUUCAUUGUACUAGUUAUUAGCUUAGUCAUGCUGCAUUGUUAUGCAAGACAUGUAAUCCAAAUCCCUUGGUCUUGUCUAUUUUGCACUUCAUGUAAUAGUUCUCAGAUUAUACUCAGCUUUUGGUUUGUUUACAUUUUUAAGUCACUUUUAUAGUUUUUGUGAGUAAUGUAAUUGCCCUUUUUAAAUGCAAUUAUUAGUGAGCAUUAUGCAAUCAGUUAUCUAGUCUUAUUCUUGUUUCUAAUAUUUAGCUUGUAAAUACUGGUUAGCUUAUUGUAGUUUUUGCUUUAUUUUUGUAUUUUAGUUUCUCGUUCCCGUUUUUCCUGUUUGUUCAAUAAACUCGUAAAACCUAAGCUCAAAUCUGUUGUUCUUGCAUCGACCGUUUUGGCCGUCUUACAUUUUGGUGUCAGAAGUGGGAUUUGAGCAAAUCUUAAUUAGAGAAAAAACGGGAACGAGCUAACAAAUAGGAUGACAGAAGCCCAGAUAAAGGAACUGACUGACAAGUUGACUGCAUUGGAGCAGCAACUCCAGAACCAGAGUGGUGCUACUGCAUCUGCCACCGUUUCAAGUUCCACAACCCUGGUCCCAUCACAGUUAAGGUGCCCCGUGAGCGCAAACUCCGGAAGUUUGCUGGCGGCCGUGACGAUGGCAUGUUGGAAGAGUGGAUUGGGGAUGCCACCCGGGCCAUCACUGGACAAACAGACGCUGACGCCGUGGACUUUCUGCUCUACCACCUGGACGGUGUAGCCAAGGAAGAGGUCCGCCUACGUCCAGCUGAGGAGAGAGCCAGCCCUGCCGCAGUCUUCAAGGUCCUGCGAGACUGUUUCAGUGAGGGACUCACCAGCACCCAAGCCCUACGGAAGUUCUUCGAAAGAAGACAGAAGGAUCGCGAAUCAGUUCGUGAGUUCUCCCAUGCCUUGAUGCUACUCCUAGCACGGGUAGAGCGCCUGGAUGCAGCAGCGGUAACGGAUAAGGACAAGCUCCUUAGAGAUCAGUUCCUGGAGAACCUGGCAGACCCCCAGCUCCGAAGAGAUAUAAAGCGCUGGGUCAGAGACCACCCCACCAAAACCUUUCAAGAGAUCAGAGAUGAGGUCCAGCGCUGGAUUGACGAGGACGGAACCCCCCCAAGAAAGGCUGUUGUGCGUGAGGUCACGACAGGACACCCCCCUAAUGAGGUCACCUGUGAUGAGGUGAAGGGAGCUGCGGACCUGCGGAAAGUGAUUAGUGAGCUGGUAGCGGGACAGAAGAUCCUGGCAGAGAGCCUCCAAAAGCAACAGAAGGUCCUGGCAGAGCAGAUACAAUGUCAGCAGGCUACCCUAGAGAAGCAGCAACAGGCCAUCUCCCAGCUCUCCAUGGGUAAUCAACAAUGGUGGCAGCAUGGAUGUUUUGGCUGUGGGUCACGGACACAUCUCCGCAGAGACUGCCAAAGAAAUAACAGACAGAACGAACGGGCUGGUGGCAGCAGGAACAGAGGAUCUGAAAACAAGCAGCUGCCGGCGUUAAACGAGAAAGCUCCACGGCAGUGAGCCAUGCCGUGGAGGGGAACAGUGGCUCAAAGCCUCUACCUAAUGAUGACUGCAUGCCAAUACAUAUGGUUGGUGGUACCCCAACAAUUCAAGCAAGACUUGGCGGUGUUGACGUGCUGUGUAUGGUAGAUUCAGGCUCCAUGGUAUCCUUCGUGACAGAAGAUUUCUAUAACAAGAAACUCCAGCCAACCUGCGGGCACAUGAGGAAAAAUGGGCAGAUGCUGACCCUUCGUGCUGCAAAUGGGCUCGAGAUUCCGUACCUGGGCUACCUGGAACUGACUGUAGAGGUUGAUGGGGUGAAAGUACCCAGCUGUGGAGUACUGGUCCUAAAAAGACACCCCAGCCACUACCAAGCAGAGAAGAGACAUACCUGGACUCCUUGGGAGGAAUGUUUUGGCGCAGAUUCCGCAGUUUGGUGCCCUGCUCCAGCAACGGCCUAAUGCUGAACCAAGGACUUCAGAAAACCCUUCCUCUGGUUUUGUUCGUGUCGCUGGAAUGUACCCAGUCCUAGUCCCCUCAAAUUCUGUAGCAAGUGUCGCCGUCACUGGUCCAGCCUGUGGUCCCAAUGCCUUAGUUGAACCCCUCAGUGUGCCAGUACCAGGAAACCUCCAGCUAGCGAAUACCUUGGUUGAUGCCUCUAAGACGUGUUUCCUGAUACAAGUAGCGAACCCUUCCCAAAAAGAUGUAUGGCUAAAGCCACGAACUCGCCUUGGAACGGUACAUGGUGCAGUUACAGUGACCAGUGGAGAGCAGCUACAGUUUGAUGUGCAGAGUAAUGAAGUAGUAGUAUCCUACCCCCUGAGUGCAGAGCAGCAGAAGCCUACCUCCCCAGAGACUGACAUCCCCAUACGCCCCCCUAAAGCAAAAGACCUACCCUCAGAAAUCAGCCUAGACAAUUUCCCAGGAACCCCAGCGGAAAAGCAAGAAGCCUUGCGAAUCUUCACCAGUUACGCGGAUGUAUUCUCCAGUGAAGAAAACAGCCUUGGCAGAACGACUAUGAUCCAGCAUCAGAUUCCAACCUGUGACGACAGACCAGUUAACCAGCGUCACAGACGCAUUCACCCGAAUCAGUUAGCUGAGGUCAAACAGCACCUGCAAGACCUGCUGGAUAAAGGUGUAAUCAGACCCAGUCAGAGUAACUAUGCCUCCCCCAUUGUCCUAGUCCGGAAGAAGAAUGGUGCCCUGCGCAUGUGUGUGGACUACCGCCAGCUUAAUGCCAAGGUGAAACGUGACGCGUACCCAUUACCAAGAAUAGAUGAGAGCCUUGAUAUCUUGGGAGGUGCUAAGUACUUCUCUACCAUUGAUUUGGCCUCUGCUUACAACCAAGUAGAAGUUGCCCCCGCUGACAGACACAAGACAGCUUUCACCACCCCUUUUGGAUUGUUCGAAUACAACAGGAUGCCAUUCGGAUUGGGAGGAGCCCCUGCGACGUUCCAAAGGGUUAUGCAGACCAUUUUCCGAGAUGAAUUGUUGGAGAUCCUGAUUGUCUACCUUGAUGACAUCAUUGUCUUUAGCCAAGACAUCAGCACUCACCUGAAGCGCCUUGAGAUGGUGUUCCGAAAACUGCAAGAGCAUGGUCUGAAGAUUGAGGCUAAGAAGUGUCAGUUCUUCCGCCCGAAAGUUACGUACCUGGGACAUGUGGUGUCUGCUGAAGGCGUGGCUACUGAUCCUGCCAAGACAGAAGCAGUAACGAACUGGCCUAAGCCAAAGACCCUGAAGGACCUGAGAUCAUUCCUGGGUUUUGCCUCGUACUACCGCAGAUUUGUUCCUCACUUCGCACAAGUAGCAAGACCCCUGCAUGAACUGGUCUCUACCCUGUACGAAGGUGGCAAGAAUGGUAAACAAAGAAACAAGUCCGUUGAAGGCAGCUGGAACCAAGACUGCCAAAAAGCAUUUGAAAGCCUCAAGCAAGCCCUUACCAGUCCAUCCGUAUUAGCCUACCCUGAUUACACGAAGCCCUUUAUUGUAGAAGUAGAUGCCUCCAAUGACGGUCUCGGAGCAGUGCUGUCGCAGGAUCAGGAUGGAAGAGUCAGACCCAUAGCCUAUGCUAGCCGUGCCCUAAGAGGAGCAGAGAGAAAUAUGGAGAACUACUCCUCCAGAAAACUGGAACUCCUAGCUCUCAAGUGGGCCGUAACAGAAAAGUUCCGUGAACACCUGAUUUCCUCCACCUUUACAGUACUGACUGACAACAACCCUCUGACUUACCUGCAGUCCAAGUGCAAGUUGAAGGCUGUUGAACAGAGAUGGGUGUGCGAACUGGCUAACUUCAAUUUCAACAUCAAGUACCGAGCCGGGAAACAGAACACGAAUGCUGAUGCAUUAAGUCGUCUUAACUGGGAGAAACCCGAAGAGUGUGAUGUGGAUCAAGUAGAAGCAGCCUUGGCGUCAUCUCUUAACACUACCGCUGUACCUGAGUCCGUUCGAGAACAGUUACUCCAGUCGGCAGUGUUCCUAGCAGAAAAUCCCAGUGCAGUAGUGGAGCAGUUGACAGUAGAUCCCCCACAGCAGUACAGUACCAGUCCAGUGCCUUCCUGGGACAGUAAACAGUUGGCCAAGCUGCAGAAUGUGGAUGUAGCCAUAAAGCGCCUCAUUUACUAUCGCACCAUUGGUCGCAAGCCGUCGCCUAGAGAAAAGAAGGCUGAAACAAGUGGAGCAAAGAAGCUUCUGAACCAGUGGGACCGUAUCAUUGAGAAGGAGGGAGUUCUCUACCGCAGUAACUCUGAUAACCAUGGCAACAAGCGCCUACAGCUUCUCCUACCUGACAGUCUCCGUGACGAACUCCUCAAGGGUGUUCAUGACGAGUGUGGCCAUCAGGGAUCAGAGCGAACAGAGCAGUUGGUACGAGAACGCUGUUGGUGGCCUGGACUACAUGACUAUGUUAAGAAGUACCUGUCAGAAUGUGAACGCUGUGUUGUAGCAAAGGGACCCUACCUACCUGUUAAGACCCCAAUGACCAGCAUCAUUGCAACCAAGCCCCUUGAAGUACUAGCUAUGGAUUUCACCCAGCUUGAGCCAGCUUCAGAUGGCAGGGAGAAUGUGUUAGUACUCACCGAUGUGUUUACCAAGUUUACAGUCGCAGUGCCAACAAGAGAUCAGCGGGCCAGCACCGUAGUCAAAACCCUGGUACGUGACUGGUUCCUUGUGUAUGGUGUCCCUAAGAGAAUUCAUUCUGACCAAGGACGGUGUUUUGAAGCUGAAGUGGUUCAAGAGCUGUGCCGCAUGUAUGGAAUCAAGAAAUCCCGAAGCACUCCUUACCACCCCGAAGGAAAUGGGCAGUGUGAGCGAUUCAACUGUACACUCCAUGACCUGCUGCGUACCCUCCCACCUGAGAGAAAGAGAAAGUGGCCUGAGCACCUCAAGGAACUGUGUUAUGCAUAUAACGCAACUCCACAUACCUCUACCGGGUAUUCCCCACACUACCUCAUGUUUGGAAUUGAUCCUAAGUUGCCAAUUGAUCUCCUACUCCCAAAUGUCCAUGAAGAACAAGCAAGCAACAAUGGUGAAUGGCUUACCUUACACCAGAAUCGUCUACGAGAAGCUCAUCAGCAAGCACAGAGCAAGCUUCGAGCCGAAGCUAUCUUCCGCAAGAAGCAGUUUGAUCGGCACAGACAAGUCAAGCCUGACGAAAUUCCCAUUGGUGAGAGAGUUUUCACUCGCAGCCAUCCCCAAGGGAGAGCUAAGAUACAAGACAAGUGGAACUCUAAGAUUUACAAGGUUGUUAAUCGUCGGGACAAUGUCUACGAAAUCGAACCGGCUGAUGGUCAGGGAGUUACUAGAACUGUCAACCGUGCAGAGCUUCAAAUUUGUCCUAAGCCUAGACCACUGUUACAGCAGCUGACCCACAGACGAAACCGAGCACCAGUACCCCCAACACAGAGAGAAGCCCCUGACGACUCUUCUGAUGAUGAUGAUGAUAUUCUGAUUGCUUUUGAUGCCCCUCGUGUACCUGUGCCAUUACCUGCUGUAGACCUUGAGAGACCAUUUUUGCGUCGCUCUACGAGGCUUAACAAGGGACACCACAGCAACCCAUAUCGCAUACCCAGGACAGCAGCUACCUAAGGCUUAUGCUAAGAUUUGUAACCCACUUUCGGUUAAGAUUACCUUUUAUUUCUUGACUUGUUUAAUUUUUUAUUGCUCGCAUGAGGACAUGGCAAGCAAAAGCAGGGGGGAAUGUGACAAGGUCACUGAAGUUCACUUUAAGCUUAUUUUAUUUCCAAAUUAUUUUCAACUAUACUCAUUAUCCUAAUGAUUAUUAAUUGGUUGUUUACCUAAAUAUCUUUAUUUCCUUACACACCUUAUUGUGUUUACCACGUGUAGUUGUAUUAUUCCCACACAUUUCUUAUACCUAAAUCCUGUUGUGUAGGAGUAGUAAACACCUAGUUCCCUUAGGUAAAUCCUGUAUUAGUGGGCAGUAAAUUCACUCCCUAGCCUUAUUUGGUUUUUAGUUAAUUUCGAUUUCCCUCCAAAUUUAUUAUAAAUUGGCAACCAUUUGCUCAGUAAAUUCAGUUGGUUCAGUUGGUUUACCUAAGUAGAGCAAGUCCUCAAGGCAAGUACAUUUUCAAGCCUCCCACGGAUGUUUAGUUAUCAAUAACAUUUGGUAUGUUACAUUAUUUUCCUAUUUGUUAUUAUUUUAGUCCUUUUAGCUUAGUUUAUUAGCUUUCUAUUUCCCUAGUUUGUAGCAAUAUUAUUUUAUAAUUUAGCCGCAUUUUCAAUAGCUUUCUGUUUAGAAUGUUUACCUCAUUUGACCUUUAGUCUGGCACAGCAUGUAAUUUGCCUAUUAAACAUUCUGCUAUUGUUCUCACCAAUAGUUACUGUAUCAUCGCUUACCUUUGGUUUCCAAUCAUUUUCUGUAAUUGUUCCCUUGUGUUCAAUCCAUUUUUGUUCCAAAUUAUCCUUUUGUCAUUGCUUUUCGUGGUUUAGUUUCAUUGUACUAGUUAUUAGCUUAGUCAUGCUGCAUUGUUAUGCAAGACAUGUAAUCCAAAUCCCUUGGUCUUGUCUAUUUUGCACUUCAUGUAAUAGUUCUCAGAUUAUACUCAGCUUUUGGUUUGUUUACAUUUUUAAGUCACUUUUAUAGUUUUUGUGAGUAAUGUAAUUGCCCUUUUUAAAUGCAAUUAUUAGUGAGCAUUAUGCAAUCAGUUAUCUAGUCUUAUUCUUGUUUCUAAUAUUUAGCUUGUAAAUACUGGUUAGCUUAUUGUAGUUUUUGCUUUAUUUUUGUAUUUUAGUUUCUCGUUCCCGUUUUUCCUGUUUGUUCAAUAAACUCGUAAAACUUAAGCUCAAAUCUGUUGUUCUUGCAUCGACCGUUUUGGCCGUCUUACAGUUAGGUGAACUACAGCUAUAAAAGUGUUUGCACUUUUUUUGGUACAUAAUCACACUUGUCAACUAUUGUUUGUAACAGUAAAGUGCAAACAUAAUCACUGAAAUAGAAAAUUACAAGUAGCAAUGUCGAUCAUUAAGGAUGCAGUUCAUGAGAAUUACUAUUGCACUUUGACGUGACAACUCUGGAUGACGUCAAGGCGGACACCAACCAAACUCGAUAGAUUUAUAGCCAAGACAAAAUCACGCUGGCCUUGAGAUGCUCGUCGCACGACGAGAUUAUAAACCUUGCUUCACAAGGAAUAAAAAGCAUUCAAUAGAGCAAUCCUAACUUUUUAUGGACCUUGUACACCUUAUUGAUUGACUGAUUGAUUUAUUGAUUGAUUUUUAUUUAGCCAUUCAUUCAUUUAGUUGUUUGAUGUUUAUUUAAGCAAUAGACCACACUUUCUAUGGGUUUACCCGUGUGAUAACCCAUGCUGGAUGUUGGGAGAACACGAGAAAAGCUUGUACAUCACGAGCCGAUCAUUAAUUGGUUUGAUUAAGCACUUAAUGGGACCCUUUAACAAUGGAAAUCUGAUCCUUGAGAGUCCUUGACAAUUUCUUGAAUUAUUGGAUGAAAAAAGGGUAACCCCUGUUCCUUAGACCUUAAAUGAUGAGGUUCAAUACGUUUGAGUUGUUAGUAGGUUCAUAUAUUUAUGUAAAUAAACCUGCACUAACAUUUCAUUUACUGGAUCAUUCAUUCUUACUAUUAAAUGCAAUUUUUGUUUUCAAAGAGAGUUCAAUUUUGACUUAUUUUCAGAAAUGGAUUGGAAAUCAGAAAAGAAAAAGAUCACAAGAAACAUUAAAUGAUGAAAGUGACUUAACAUUAAAGAGAGUCAAGGCUGCCAGAGGCCCUCAUUCUUACAAUUUAUUUUGUGCUGAAUUUUUUAAAACAGGUGAAGAGAAAACAAAAAUCUACCUUUUUACAGUCAAACCUGUGUAUAACGGCCCUGUAUAUAGUGCUCACUCUGUGUAUUAUGGUCACCAGACAACUUUUUGAAAUUUAAUAUCAUUUGCUGUUAAGUGGACCUUGUAUAGAGGUCACCCUGUAUAUAAAAGUAGCCGUCACCUGGCCAUUUCCUCAAGGGUGAUUGUUAUAAACAGGUUUGACUGCACUUUCAACUGUUGUUUGCACUCCUUUAUUAAUAGCUGGGAGUCCUGGGUAUUUACAUGUAGCUCACUUGCAUGUGUGAUGGUGAGGUACAACAUGUGUAUACCAACCAGAUCUGAAAACAGUUGUGAAUUUUUUAAGGAAUGUUAUGGAUUAAAGAGGGGUAAAAAGCAUCUCUAGUUGAGUUGAGGAAGCUUCAGAGUGAAUAGAAAGUCUAGAACAGCAAACAUUGCACCUUUGCAAGGCCAUCUGCAUACUGAAGUUCUUCUCUAGAUUAUGUAAUAAUUUAUGCAGAUCAUGUAAACUAGGUUUUGGGCAUCAGCAGGAGCUUGUGCAGUGCUGUUUACUGCAUUGUGACUAAUGUUUAACUAUAGGCUAUGCUUUGUGGUAUAGCAUAUGUGUAUAAUUAAGUUACUUUACCUGUAAUAAGCCACCACAUGGCUGUUUAUAUAGAUUUUCAAUUAAAGAAGGGAAAAACUAAACUUUAAUUUUUUUUUUCAUUUUCCCUCCCCAUACACUCAUGCUUGAAUUUAAGGUUAUUUUCUUGUAAUGCUUUAUUAAAAACUGACAAGUUUUCUCAGGGAAUACUUGUAUUUAUUUGAGAAUUGGACUGCAAACUUGAUCAUUCAUUUUUAUGUCUUACGUUUUGAAUGAUGUAGUCUCAGAAUAUAAUAUAGCUGGUUGUAACUUUUGAGUCUGUGGAUGAAAUCCUGUGGUGUGACCGUUGAAGUUGUCUUUCUGCAUUUUACAAAAUGACAUUUAGAAAAUUGGCUUGCCAAGUUAAAAUGUUUUCUAAUUUGAUGGCACAAUAUUUUAAAAUUUGCAGAUGAAUGUAAGGGUCUGACAUACGAAGACAAAAAUAAGCGUGCAUCUGAAAAGUGGAAAUUGCAGACAAAAGAAGAAAAGGAAAAAUAUGAAAACUCUGCAAAAGCGUUCAAAGAAUUAGAUGUGAAAGUAUCAGAACUGUCAGAAGAGCAAAGAAAAAAAUUAAUUGAGCGACACAGAAAGAAACUACUUGAAGAGGUAAUCAUCACAGUAAUGUUGUUAUUUACGUACAUAAGAGGCUGUUUCAUUGUUGUUCUUUCUUGAGCUAAGAUAUACAUUGUACAUUCUCUCUUUUUCGGAUAUGUGUAUAUUAAUUCCAAGUACUUUUUAAUACAAGCACAUUGCAUAAGAGGUCCUCUGGCCACUGUUAUUAAUGGCUCUUAAAAGAGUAGUACAAUGUCAUCUGCUUGUAUCGGAGCAGUUAACUAACUAAUGAUCAGAUGAAAAUUGCUUCAGUUAAGGAGGCAAUUACUUGAUUUUUAAAUCAAUAACUUUUAGUGAAUUGUAAUUUAUGUAAAAUAUUGCUACUUAUUGUCAGGGUACUUAGAGGUCAAAUAAAAUGUUCUAUUUUUUUUGUCUGUGUUUUAAUAGAUAAUGGUGCUGGAAGAUUUGGGCUGUCAGGCAUCUGUGUUGUACAUGGAUGUGAGUGGAGAGGUUUUCCACAUGGGCUCCAGGGAUGGUACCUCUUUCCUGGCAGCCAAUCAAGAUAUAAGCCUAAAGUUUCGUGAAUAUUUUGGUUAGUAAUCCUUAACCUCUUAAAGUGUCUACUGCAAACAACCAGUAAUUUAAUAUUUUAAUGGGAUAUUAACCAUUGAAUGCUACUUACUGGUAAUCCCUUUGCUUGGCUAUUUUCUCGUACAAGGUGUGCAUUGGUCCUGGGGCUGAUGCGGUUCUAAAUCUCAAACCAUGCAAGGUCUGGGUAUAAAGAUCUUUACUGUGUGUAAGUAGUUUUUCCCCACACACAUAUAUAGAGGAUAUUACACGGUUACAACUUCUGCCUCACAUCACACUUGUGAUAUAAAGAUAUGUAAUAAUAUAUAAUAUAUGCAUUUUUUGCACUUUUUAUUUGAGUGUCAAUGUAUUUAGCACAAAAGUACUAAUUGUGGACACUAUUGUGGACACUAUUUUUACGUCUCCUAAUGGAGACGGGACCGCCAUUUUACGUGGUCAUCCGAGCCACGCGAACUGGUCUCGCCGCUUGCAGUGCAAAGGAAGUACCUUCAUUUCUCAGUCAUUUUAAGACCCUGAGCCAGGAAUCAAACCGACGACCUUCCGCUCUGCAGUAAAACGCUCUACCGACUGAGCUAAUCCUGCCACGGUACGAGUGUAAAAAGUAUCUUUAUAAUAUUGCUGUUUUUUCUUAUUUAGGAAGUGACAAACACCAUUUUUCUGUUUCUGAUGUUCAAGAUCUUUUCAACAAAAAAUAUAGUAAGUAUUUUGAUAAUGCCUUUCAUUAAAAAAUUACUGACUUACUUACUGACUGGGUUAAUUUCAACUCUCUAAUAUAUAUUUAAAAAGUGCAUACUCAUUAAUGUAUAACAAAUAGUUUGUCCCAUGUUGUAUUGCACCUCUUGAUAUAGCCAUGCAAUUCCAUGAUAAGCAACACUGAUUGUUCAUUGAAAAGGGAAUGGUUUUUGACUUUUUACACUCGCUGAAACAUUAAUAAUCUUCUGAAGGAGACCGCAUGUCAACAUGUUAUUGAUGUGUUAAUGACAUGCCAUGACACAAUUAUUUUAUUGACUGAUGCCUGGCCUUAAUUCUUUUUUAGGCGAAGCUUGUGGUAAAAAAGGAUAUAGGGUGCCUUAUUUGAAAGGGGGCUUUGAAAUUCAUGGCCUGCCAGAGGGGAUAAUUUUCAAGAAGCCGUACAAUUACGGCCGUCUGCAGCUGAGGCAGAUCAUGUUGGCAGCAGACAAAAUUUAUUUUACUGUUGCUAACAAUCAGCCUCACUCAGAUGAGCCAGAUGGGUGCGUUGCAGAGAGUGGACCUAGCAAUCCUCAACCCACCGGUGAUAUUUUACCUGUUCUGACAAAAAUUGCUGGAGGAGAUGUGGCGAAGCGUGCGUUAGAUGGGCAAGGUCAAAUCGAAGAGGCAGAUGUCGAGGUGGUGGACUUGUGUCUCUCAGCAACAGAGAAGUUGACCCUAUAUGCUUCAUGUUCACCCUUUUUUUCACCAGAUGCUUGGUUGUCUGUUGGUGUGAACAUGAAGCAUUCAGAUGAUGCAUCAAGUUUAGUGUUGCCUAUCUAUACAACUGCCGAUGAACCAUUCUGGCUAUUUCACACAAUAUCGAAACCUUCCAGGAUAAUGAAAGCAGUCAGUACCACGAAGAUAAGAGGCCACUGGUUAGACCUUCAGGAUGAUGGCUCUUACUCUGUGAUAAAUAACGAUACUGUUUUAGGCAAGAACAUCAUCCGCACUGCCCAUGGCCCUCUAUAUUUUGAGUUCACUGUAAACGUGGACCCAGAAUUUUCAUUUCAUUUACCUGUGGCUGUCCGUUCUGUUAUUUUAGCCACUCUACGUCAGGCAGGAUUAAUCUGUUCCACGUGA